GCCACCGAUAGUCAGUGGCUUCAAGAUGUUGGCUCGUAUUAUCACGCAUGUAGCUGCGUUGCCUCCCGCGCGGCAUGUAUCCAUGAAUCGUAUGGCCUUGCUGCACACAGGUCGAGCAACAGCUGCUGGAGCAUCGGCGAUUCUAUCGAAAGCCAACGUUCAAUCCACGGCUGCUCUGCGAUUCCCUGGUGCGCCUGCAUCCUCGGAGGGUGUCUCGAUCGCUCCACUCGGGUACGGCAGCCCUGCGACGUUUAUCAAGGACACCCAGGUCAUUGCUGAGGUGAAAGCUGCCGUGUUGACCCGUGGCAGCAAUUUGGUCCAAACGCACUUUUCAUACUCUGGGGACCCUGCAAACGACGAAAAUCUGGGCCGCCUCGGGGAGAGCAUUGCCAUCAACGAACUUCUUUCCGAGGACGACGUCCCACGCGAAGGGCUCGUCAUUAGCGCCAUCCUCGACGAAGACGUGCUCAGCCACGACCGUCCCUCAUUGAGUGUGCAAGAUCGAUUGUCCAGUGUCGUCCUUCACGAGCAUCUUGAGCAAAUCCUACGGCUGCUAGACGUGGAAGUGCUAGACUUGCUCAUUGUGCGCCUUCCAGCUGAUCUUUUCACGCUGCCGGCCGCCGCCGCCGCCGUUCUGAUCCAAGGCGCCAUCGCGGGACUCGAAGCGUCUGUCCAGGACAACCUGCUUCAAGGGUAUGGCUUCGCCUUGCCGUCCGCUUUCAUGACAUCGCCCCACGACGAGGACAUCAACCUCUCAAACGACCGCAUCCACAAGUUUCUGUCGAGUGUGCUGCUGCCCCACCUGCAGUCAGGCUGUGUGGCUAUCCAGCGCCGCACCAACUUGCAAGAAGGCCACACGUUCCCCUCGUCGUCUUCUUUUUCGUGGCCAGCGCACAUCCAAUGGAUCGGCGAGUUUCCCUUGGACAUCCAUGUGAAGCACGGAACACGCAGCAAACCGCUGCAUUUGAAAUCUACGCAAGGGGCUCACAAUGGCGUAGAAGUCGCCGCCAAGUUGAAGGAAUCGUUUGCGUUUGCGUUGAACGUCGAGACAAAAUACCACCACGAGCUCUUUCCCGCCCACAGCGCACUGCUGCCACCCCCAGACGACGUGGCGUGGGCCCACAUCUUGGCCGCCCAGCACGCCCAAUUCGACAACCUCACUGAGUGGACGUACAUCCGAGAGACGCAGAUCCAGCCCCGCCUGGAAGCGUUGCUGCAGCAACUCCAAGGCAUCGAAGCAACCAAAGACUUUUCGUUUGCGUAUUCCGUGGCCAUGCGGACAUUGCUGCGGCACUUUGACGUGUCCAUCGACAUGGUAGCCACAAACCACAACGACCGCAUCCUCACGAGCGUUGUGGAAGGUCCGUUGAAAUCCGAUUCUGAGCAUGACCGCACGAUCGAGGACAUUGGAUUGCUGGUGGCGCAGAGCUGUCGGCCUGUGGAUGUGGUGCUGGUGGCGCAAGAGGUUCCCGCCUCAUCGAUGCAGCCUCGCCGCAAACUCUCGACGACCACCCUUGAUUCCAUUCAAGCUCUUGAGUCCCAGUGGAACGAUCUAGAAUAAGGUAGUGAAUAAGGUAGUGCAGCGUUGUACGCAAUACUGUACAGUACUAUUUUCAAGUGUCCUAACGAUAUUGUCAAAUCGAUUCGAAAUUGGAGCAGCCAUUGGGCAAACUGGACUAAUCUUUGUUUGUACAAGCUGAAAUUGGAUCAAAUUGAUUCGAAUGCUAUUUGGCGAAAUGAUUUACACGUUUAACUAAAUUUGGGAGAAAUC